CUGUUUUGACAACGGACACAACACUCGAAGUCAACCUUUUUUUCGACCGACCCACAAAAAAAACAAACAUAUCAGAAGUAUAUUCUCAACCGAAAAAUUUUUCAGUUAAACAGUUGCUGUGAAUUUGUGACAUAAAGAAAAGUGCGUUGAAGUACGAUUUGAAUUUUUUUUCUCUAGUGAAAAGGACAAACAAGAUAUCUAUUUCAGAAUGAAAUCGCUACAAAUUUGCUUGUUGAGCGCAGUGCUCGUAAUUGCUGCAUCAAAUCCGAUUCCUGCUGAUGAGCCCGUUUCAACGGCCACACCAGUUGUACCCGAUGUAACACCCGUCGUAAAAACUGCACCAGAACAACCAGUUGUCCCAGCUGUUGCCGUCACCGAAGUGCCAGCCACACAAAAGUCAUUGCCCAUUGACCUCGAGAAAAUCCCCGAACCACAAGCUUUGCCAUCAAAGAAAGAGGAACCAGCUCCAGCGAAAGCUGAGGAAAAGAAACGCGAAGUGCCCGUUGAACAACCAACUGUGAAACCCGUUGAAGUCGCCCAACCAGAACAAGUUACUGGCAAAUCGUUACCAGGCACACCAGCAAAAGAAGAAGCCAUUGCCGAAGUCGUUACACCAACGGUUGAGCAACAACCAGCCGAAAGUGUGAAAUCAGUCGCCGUUCAACAACCAGUUGAAGUUGUUCCAACUUUGCCAGCCGUUGCUGCCGCUAUUCCAGAGGCUAAACAAGCCGUCGAAUCUACAGUUGUCCCCGUUGUACCAGCCGGACUUGCUAGCGAAAAGAAAAUCGACGCAGAGGCCCCAGUUGCAAUUGUAUCCGAAAACGUGCAACAACCCGCUGCCGUUGUAGAUCCAGAGCAAAAAUCAGCCUUGCCAGUACCAGCUGGACAGGUUCAAGCCGCCCCAGAACAGCCACAACAACCACAACAAGUAGCUCAGGCACUUGCCCAAUCUCAGCCACAAGAACGAAGUGCACAAGACCCAACGGCUGUGCCAAUCGUCGCCGCUUCAGCGGUUGAACCAACGGUUGCUCCAGUCGAUGUAUCAAGCAGCGGAAGCAGCGAGAAAAAAAUAGAUUCAGAGGAGUCAAGUAGUUCGGAAGAAUCAAAAGAAUCUCAAGAAGAACCAGAGAAGAAGAAGGAUGCCUAAACAUCCGGAAGUUCAACAGUCGUCGUAAUAACAGAGAAAAAAAACAAAAAAAAACACACUCAUCCUGUUCUUAAUCUUAUUAUUUUAAAUGAAAGCGAAAUAAACCAAUUCAAAACGGAAUCAUUGUGAGUUUCUGCAAAAACAUUUUCUGGAUGGGCGAUCGUCAUCAAUCGUACCAUAGACUUUCUGAUGAAGAUGAAACAAAAAAUCAAACAAUCGGCGAAAUUUUAGCUCAUCUUUAAAAAAAUAGAUUAAUUUUGACUUUGUCGUAGGAUUUCUUCAGUUUUCUUUUGCAUAAGUUUUCAUUAUAAUUUCUUUAAAAAAACAAAUUGUCUUACGUAUUUUAUUAAAUGUGAUUCAUUCCGUAAUAAUAAUCAUAAUCAAUUCGAUAUACGUUAGUAAUUCUCCAUUUUUUUUUAUUCAAUUGCAAUUUGCACACUGAGUGACAUUAGCAGUACAAACAAGAAAUCAAAAAGUGCACAAUCACCAAAAUUAUAAAUCUUAGACAGCAUGAGAAGCAUGACGUGCAAUCUUAUCAAAAUCAAAUCGCUUGAUCGAGUACUUUCGGAGACGAAGACAGAUGAAAUGGGCCAUGAUUGAUUCUUCCUUUGCGAAUAUUAAAUCUUUCACACACACACACACACUCUUUUGUCUGCUUUGUCUUCUGCGGUCAUACUCUUUUGCUCGCUCUCUCCCUCUCUCUCGAUCUUAACAUAAUGAAAAAUGCCGCUAUGCAUAUUAAAUAAUAUAACGGACAACGAGAACCAACGCAAUUUAACUGAACUGUUUUAUGGCCGACGGAACAUAAUCAUUAUUCCAUUUGCACGGCUUUAAUGAAUGCCAAUUGGAAAAUUUGAAAAAAUUAUUACCAUCUCACACAGAAUCUCUGGCCAAUGGAUCACAACCAUAUGUCGCAAUAUGAGAUUCGAUUUUCUCGAUCUUUCUCCGUCGCCCAAAAAAAAAGGUCAGAAGAUUACACUCAAUUUGAUACAAUCAAAUGCAAUAACGCUUUCCAGAGAUGAAACAAAAAUUUAAUCGAAAUAUAACGCAACACAAUAUAAGUCAUUUAAGCAUCACACACACACAUACACACACACAUACUUCUUUUUUUUUACUAUUCUAAUUAGAACGCAGCAUUAGAAUCUGAAUUUUAAAUGUAAAAACUAUGGAAAACUUUUGUCCGUGUAACAUGAUGAUAAGGAAAUAAAGGACUCAAUUCAUUUAUUUAAAUCGA